AUGGCGAUGAUGGACACCGAAAAUGGCGUCCGGGAUAUCAUCUACGUCCCGAUCGGCCAGACGGAGGAGGCGGUCGCGCUUCCCGUCGACGAUCUUCCCGACGACCCCAGCGAGGUGCUCGUGCUGCUGCAGCAGGAGUUCGCGCCGCUCGACAUCUGGCUCGACAUCGCCAAGGCGUACCUGCAGCAGGGCAAAGAAGAAAAUUUUCAUGCCAUCCUGAGUAACGCGACGGAGGACGAGAUCGAGGAGUAUUAUCCCGACUCGCAGUACGAGCGCAGCUGCAUCCUCUGCACGCUCGCGUCCUACUACGUCAACAUCGCUAAGGGCGAGAGCGACCAGAUCAACCGCGUGGAACUCCUCACGAAAGCCGAGAAGCUGAUCGAUAAGGCGGAUCUGCUGUGGCAGCACAAGCGGAGGGAGGACAGAGAGCAGAUGCCGUGCGUCUCGAGAGCGCACCUGGAGUUUGCGAAGGGGAACGCGAUCGACGCGGAGAAGCUGCUGGACGAGGCGCGCGGCCUGAAGGAUGGGGGCAAGGACAACAUAGGCCCGAUGCUCUGGAAGGCGCUUUUGCUCUUCAAGAGGGAUCAGGUCGCGGACGCCCUGCAAUGGUACAAGAGGGCCCUGCGAAUGCACCCCGGCGCGGACGCGGGCGUGCGCCUGGGUAUCGGCGCGUGCAAUCUCAGGCUCGGCAAUUUCGAACAUGCCAGGCUGGCGUUCCAGAGGGCUCUUGACCUCGAGCCGGAGAACCCGGAUGCGCUCCUCGGCCUAGCGCAAUGCGAGCUCAACGAGUUUACGCCCGUGCCCGAGUCCCUGCUCCACGGCGGCGACGAAGACACCGACCCGGCUUCCGUCGAGGAGAAGAUGGAAGCUGCCGCGGAGACGUACACCGCGGCGGUGCAGAGGGGCCUGGAGCUGCUGCGCCGCGCGUUCAACGCCGAUCCGCAUCACCCAGCGGUGAAUGUCGCGCUGGCGCAGCACUUUCUGAUCAAGAAGGACGGAGCCUCGGUGGACCACCUUACGGACAAGCUCGUCCGCGGCACGUCAACGAAUGAGCUCGCCACCCCGAGGCUCCGCGCCGAGGCGGCGUACGUGAGGGCGAGGCUGCACCACCAGGACGGUAAGCUGGAUCGGGCGGAGGCGAUGUACACCGCCGCCGUGCAGAUGGACGAGUCCUUCGCUGCCGCCGCGUUUGGACUCGCGCAGGUGUACCUGGCCAAGGGGGACCACAAGUCAUCGAUGCUGUACGCGGAGCGGGCGUACGCCGCCUACCCGGACAGCGUCCCGGUGCUGAAGCUUUACGGUCAUCUGAGGCGUAAGCAGGAUGCGGCGGCUGCGGCAGCGGGUGGCGCGGGGCUCGUGUCUGUCGGUACCUUUGGGGCUGGCGCCGGGCGAGACAAGGAGACGGCGAGGAUCCUCAAGAAGGUUGUCGAGGCCGAUCCCGCCGAUCUGGAAGCCAGGCUUGAGCUGGGCGAUGCCCUGUUGGCCUCAGGCGACUACAUCGGCGCGCUGGGUGCAUACGAGAUGGCUGUGAAGAUUUUCGGGGAUCGCGCGAGGAACGGCAAGGGACCCGACGCCCCCGCAGCGCUUCUCAACAACUGCGCGGUUCUGUGCGCGAUGACGGGUAAAAACUACGACAAGGCCAAAUCUCUGUUCCUGCGCGCGCUCGAGGCGUCAGCUGCUGAGGAGGGCGGUAAGAAGACGGGCGAGCAGCUGGACGCGCAGAAUGAGAGGAAGAAGGCGGCGAAAUCCGCGCAGCCCAUCGCAUUCAACCUCGCGCACCUUGACGAGGACUUUGGCUACGUCAAAGAAGCGAAUGACCGGUACGGCGACCUUCUAGACGCUAACGAGGGUAUGACAGAGUGCCUGUUGCGUCGCGCGGCUAUGGCGGCCAGGCAGGAGGACUUUGACAAGGCCAUGGAGCUCGCCAAGGAGGCCACCGAGCGCAGGCCCGAUGACGUUGACGCGGCUGCUUAUGUCGGCCACCUGCUUAUGAAGCAGGAGAAGUACAAGGAGGCCCAGGAACAGUUCAAGCGCCUCAGAGAGAUGCCCAAGAAGCUCUCCGCAGAGGAUGCCGCGCGAAGGGCGGCCGCGGGAAAGACCGACCCGGUGACCCACACCAGCGAUGAGUACGCUUUGAUCUCAUCUGCAAACGCGGCGUAUUACCAGGCGGUCAAGGCACAGGCGGGCGCCAAGCUGGUCAAAUCUGGCCCGGAGCGCGAGAAAUGGAGGAACCUGGAGAAGGAGCACCUGAAGCAGGCCGAGUUAUACUACACCAAGGCCCUGCAGAAGAGCGGCAGCAACCUGUACGCGGCGAACGGUCUGGGCAUCCUGCUCGCUGAGAAGGGCAAGAUUGACGAGGCCAAGCGAACGUUCCAGAUGGUCGCGGAGGGCCUGAUGAGCCUCGGCGGCGGAGACCACUCCAAGGACGACGGCACGGAAGACUCGGACGCCAACGCCAACAAGGACAUGCUCACAUCCCCCGACAUCUGGAUCAACCAGGGACACAUCCAGAUGGCCAAGGGGAACUACGUUGCCGCCGCGAGAAACUACGAACAGGCACAGCAGCGGUUCUUCUUUGGCAUGGACCCCCGCGUGGCGCUCUACCAGGCGAGGAACCACUACGAGGCCAACAACAUGGAGGAAGCCAAGGUUACGCUCAAGAGGGCGCUUCACGUCGCGCCCUGGGACCACAGGCUUCGCUUCAACCUCGCGUACGUGUACCAGGAGCACGCGCACAGGACCCUCAACCGCACCCUCAAGGGAGCCGAGAAGGGGAAGCAGCAAGGCGAGGGCGAAGGCAGGCUGGCGCAGGUGCUUAACGCCAUCGAGGACUUCAAGCUCGCGCUGCAGCUCUUCCAGCAGAUCCAAGCGGUGCUCCAGGCUGACAAGCAGAAGGAGGGCAAGAAGUCCCUGGCGCAGGAGAUUGGCAUUGACAAGAAGCGCCUCGGGAUGCACAUCCAGUUCUGCAACAAGGCGCUGACAGACUCACAGCCGCACCUCGAGGCGGCUAAGGCUGAGGAGGACGCCCUCAAGGCCCGCCGCGACGCGCAGGCGGCGGCGAGAAAGAAGGCGGAAGAGGCUCGCGCCGUGGCGCUCGCGCAGGCGGCGGCUGCAAAGGAGCUCGAGCGCAAGGCCGCCGAGGCUGCCGCGGCCGCCGCGCAGGAGAGGUUCAAGCAGAACCAGGAGAAGUGGCUCAAGUCUCAGGCGGAGGAGAAGGCUAUUCUGGCGGGGAUGGAAGAGGGGGAGCCCAAGCGGGGCAAGAAGGGCAAGAAGGGCACGGGUAAGGCGACCAAGAACGAGACGGUGUACAACGAGGACGACGACGAUAUCCUCGUGCCCGACGCCAAGCCCAUGACCAAGGAGGAGAAAGCCAGGCUCAAGGCGACUGGCCUCUUCUCCGACUCGGAGGAUGAGGAGGAGGCGGAUGACAAGGAGACGGAUGAGGACGAGCCCAACGAGGAUGCAAAGGCGAGACUCAAAGCCGCGGGACUCGCAGACACCGAUGAUGAUGACGACGACGACGCAAAUGUCAAUGUCGAUGCCAAGAAGGAGGCAUCCCCCGAGAAGGAGGCGGAGGAGGAGGAGGAGGAGGAGGAGGAGGAUGAAAAGGCAAGGGCUCAGAAGGCGAUGGAGGCGAUCAAGCGGAAGCGUGCACAGGCAAAGAAGGACGACGAGGAGGAGGACGAGGCCCCACCCGAGGAGGACGAACCCGAUGAAGAGGAGGAGGGCCGCAAGUCCGCGAAGAAGAGGAGGAGAGCCGUGAUUGACGACGACAGCGAUGAGGAUUAG